AUGGAGGAGGGGGGGUACUGGCGGCCGUCGUGCUCGUCGCUGUCGCUGGCGGAGCACCAUGGCAGCACGGGCCACCUGUGCGCGCGCCACGCGCCUCAGCCGCGCGUCGCGCACCGCCACGCGCCGCACGCGCACGCGCACACGCACCACCGCGUGCCGCACACGCAGCACGCCGCCUCGUGCCCCGUGCACAGCCCCUUCCGACAGCCUGCGCCUGACUACUGCGCUGCGCAUUCACAGACGUUUUUCACGAUCUGUUAA